AACAGACGGUCGAGAUGUACAACAAAUGGUAAUUUCUAGAUGUGCAGCGCUAAGUGAUGCUUCUUCCAGAAUCUAUACUCCCGCCAAAUGAUCGCCUUCUCUCAUAAAACGAGCAUUUAAAGGGCUUAAUUGCUCAAUAACCUGUUCAUACCGAUGCAAGCUAACAGUUCUGAGGGCAUGAGUUUGCGGCCGAGGAGAAAGCCCUUGGCCGAUCUCACAAACACUUCAUCUCUUCGAUUUUCUGCUGCGACCGAGUCUAGGAAACCUGAACCCAAACCCAAGGUAAGCCCAGAGUACUUCAGCUCCAAAUCUUCUGUCUCCAGUGCUGGAUCUAGCGACCCCAAGAACACUGGAGUUAGCGAAUCUCCCAAAUCAACUUUUGUAGCCAAGGGAACUUCCACGAUUUCGGUUUCAAGUGUUGCCAGCAGUAUAAAAUGUGAUUUUGUUAGAGGUAAAAACGGCGGAGGGUCUACCGUUAAAUUGCAAUAUGUUAGAAAGAAACAGAAAGAGCAAAAGGAUGUUUCAUUAGCAGCAGCAUCUAGCGCUCCUCCACUAGGAAGAACUCAAAGGUUUCGGAAAAAAUUACUGAUGAAGGUUGGCAUGAAUCAGAAUGAGGCAUAUUCAGAACCUUAUCAGAAAAAGAAAAAGAGGCAACGUUGCCUGGGAUCAGCUGGAAGCAGGCUUGUUGACAAAGAUAUUCCUCUUCAGGAUUUCAUUCAGAAACAGAGAGCCUAUUUUGCCGAAGUUGAUUCGUUUGAACUGCCCGAGGAGGUUGUUUCAGAAAGUGAAUUAGAAUAAUACCUUUACAAUUACAAUUUACGAGUAGAAUAAAUGCAAAAAAACCUAGUAUUAUGGCAGUCGAAUUAUCUUAUCUAAUCAGAGGUCAAAGUUGUAAAUUUCUAAUUUUGUCCUGCACUGAUAUGACGUAAUAGUUAUUGUAAAUGUGUUAAGGCUGUAAGCUCCUUGUCUUGAAAUGCAAAGUUCAGUGUUUUUAUCAA